ACUGUCGCGCUACCAGCGAGAGAGUAACGAACGAGGUUCAAGCGCCAUGUCUGGCGGCGAGCUACUGGGCACCGGAGUGACCUCCCCGAGCUCUCGGCGGUCUCCAACGCUUCCACCUACCACGGCAGUAGUGUCUGCCCCAACAGCCCGUGUCAGAGAGCCUGCCGCCUCAAGCACCCCCGUCCACAAUGCGGCCGUCAACUCUGAAACCGUAGCAGGGGCAGUAUCCUCCGCUGUGGAACCACGGCACCCAGGGGUUUCUCCCGCGUCUUUCACAUUCAUGGACCCGCCGUCCUGGGCAAGCUUCUCGCCGGCGCCGCCGCAGGCUCCCCCGAGUGAUCCUGUUGAUGGACAGGAGAGCUCGGGAACGCUGUUGAUGGCUGGAGGCCGUUCCAAGUACCUUGGCCCCAAUGCGUCCAGCGAAUGGCUUCGAGAUCAAGAGUCGAAAGAGGCCGAUGAUAACCCCGCGGUGUCAAGGCUGCCAUCUCCGGCAAGAGACACCGAGCCGGCGCGAGGAACGGACUCGACGUUCCCAUUCAGUGUCCCAAAUACCAUCAACACCGAGUACCUGCUAUCACAGCUUCCUGAAAUGGACGAAGGGAAAGCGUUUACCGACUCGUACUAUCGCUACUUUGCCUGGCAAUAUGACAUUGUACCACGAGCUUACUUUGAGCCAAUGUUCAACCGCAUAUAUGCCAGCAGACGCACGGCUGAUGGCACUAUCAAGCCAGCCGAGCUUGCCGUUCUGUACAUUGUCUUUGCGAUGGGCGCUCACUUCAGCCUCGAGCUGCCUCCCAACGACCCAAUUGCUACCGAGUACCUUGAGCUCGCCCAGGCUUCCCUGGUCAAAUCAAACUUUCUGGUUCACAACACAAUACAAUGUGUUCAGACACUGCAUGUCAUGGCCCAUUUCCACCUGCGAUGGGACUGCACCGAGAUCCGGGGGCUUGGAACUUGCCAGAGGACGUUCUGGAAGAAAGACGACACGUAUUCUGGGAAGCCUUCGCCGCGGACGCGUAUCAGGUGUUCCAUUUCGUCCGACUAUGUGGACACCAAGUUCCCGAAGGAACACAGCCCGUUGGCAGUUGAUGGUCGGGGAUUCUUCACCUUGAAAUGGGAGGUUGCCUUGCUCCUCGAGCAGGUCCUCAAUCUGUCAAUGAAGAUCCGGCGACCGCCGGAUGAGUGCGUGGGAGAACUGCAUCGCAAACUGAGCUCCGACUUUGAGAGGACCAUUCCAUUCCCCCUGCGGUGCCGCUCGGCGUGGCUAUCUCUUCCCUCACUCUAUGCAGACUCAGAGCUCGCCAUCCAGGACACACCCGAUGUACGCCGAAGAGAUCUGCACCGAACUUUUCAGUGUACCUUGGCGGUCAAUGUGUCCGAGGCGUUCCUGUUCCUUCAUCGACCGAACUUUGUCAAAGCUUUGCGAGAGCAACGUGAUGAUAUGACCAAAUCGAUCUACGCACAGUCUUUUUUCUCGGUCAUUGAACGAUGCAAUGUGAGGCGGUGGCUACGAGAGCUCACUAACACCAACCAGGUUAUGGUCGUGGUGGCGGCCACGCUUCACAGUCUAUUCCCGUCUCUCGCGUGUCGGCACUGGUUCUUCUGGCACCACGCCUUCAACUCGGCCGUCAUGAUGGGCACCCUCAUCAUCCGGAACCCAAAGAACACCAUGGCACCAUUGGCGUUGACCCUCAUCGACUCGACCAUUCUCCUCCUGAGCAGAUUAAUCGUCUCGUGGCCGUCAACCCGACUUGCCAAGAACCUAAAGUGGCUCAACCGCCUUAGGGGCCGCGCUACAGCUAAGCUUGCUUCCGUCACUUCCAACACUGGGAUGCCCGGUGAUGACCAGACAGCCAAUGCUUUGCCUGAAGACGAGGAAGUCGACGUCGAACUCGUCGGAUGGUGUACUCGACUUGUUGAGCGCGCCUCAUCUGGUUCUCAGGUCGUACGAACAAUCCUAUCAAAGUCUGCACCGUCACCAAACGUCCUCUCCUUGCCACCUGACACCGACCUUGCGAGCAUCUUGGAUUCAAUACUCAAUACCCCAAGCGCGACAAAUUUCUCAGCUCCGUCAACACAGGCGGCUGACCAAUCCACCGAUGCACUGCUGCACGAGUUUUGGGAUCCGAUGCUCAGCAUACUGCCGCCCUCUGUCAAUCCCGACUUGGCUAGCGACAGUGUGAGUAAAGAUUGA